CCCCCGUUUCUCACCCACAGUGAACCCAUGCUGUUACUAUCCCUGCCAGCACCAGGGUGUCUGUGUCCGCUUCGGCCUUGACCGCUACCAGUGUGACUGCACCCGCACGGGCUAUUCCGGCCCCAACUGCACCGUCCCGGAGCUGUGGACCUGGCUCCGGAAUUCCCUGCGGCCCAGCCCCUCUUUCUUCCACUUCCUGCUCACACACGGGCGCUGGUUCUGGGAGUUCGUCAAUGCCAGCUUCAUCAGAGACAUGCUCAUGCGCCUGGUCCUCACAGUACGCUCCAACCUCAUCCCCAGUCCCCCCACCUACAACUCAGCACACGACUACAUCAGCUGGGAGGCCUUCUCCAACGUGAGCUACUACACUCGGAUUCUGCCCUCCGUGCCCAAAGACUGCCCCACGCCCAUGGGAACCAAAGGGAAGAAGCAGUUGCCAGAUGCCCAGCUGCUGGGCCAACGCUUCCUGCUCAGGAGGAAGUUCAUACCCGACCCCCAGGGCACCAACCUCAUGUUUGCCUUCUUUGCACAACACUUCACCCACCAGUUCUUCAAAACUUCUGGCAAGAUGGGUCCUGGCUUCACCAAGGCCUUGGGCCAUGGCGUAGACCUUGGCCACAUUUAUGGAGACAGUCUGGAACGUCAGUAUCAGCUGCGACUCUUUAAGGAUGGGAAACUCAAGUAUCAGGUGCUGGAUGGAGAGAUAUUCCCACCAUCAGUUGAAGAGGCACCUGUAUUGAUGCACUAUCCACGGGGCAUCCCACGCCAGAGCCAGAUGGCUGUGGGCCAGGAGGUGUUUGGGCUACUUCCUGGGCUCAUGCUCUAUGCCACACUCUGGCUGCGCGAGCACAACCGCGUGUGUGACCUGCUGAAGGCUGAGCACCCCACCUGGGAUGACGAGCAGCUCUUCCAGACGACCCGCCUCAUCCUCAUAGGGGAGACCAUCAAGAUUGUAAUCGAGGAGUAUGUGCAGCAGCUGAGUGGCUACUUCUUACAGCUGAAGUUCGACCCUGAGCUGCUCUUCAGGGUCCAAUUCCAAUACCGCAACCGCAUUGCCAUGGAGUUCAAUCAGCUCUACCACUGGCACCCGCUCAUGCCCGACUCCUUCAAGGUGGGCUCCCAAGAGUACAGCUACGAGCAGUUCUUGUUCAACACCUCCAUGCUUGUGGACUAUGGGGUCGAGGCCCUGGUGGAUGCCUUUUCUCGCCAGAUUGCUGGCCGGAUUGGUGGGGGUAGGAACAUGGACCACCAUGUCCUGCAUGUGGCUGUGGAGACCAUCAAGGAGUCUCGAGAGUUGCGACUGCAGCCUUUCAAUGAAUACCGUAAGAGGUUUGGCAUGAAGCCCUACACCUCCUUCCAGGAACUCACAGGAGAGAAAGAGAUGGCAGCUGAGUUGGAGGAGUUAUAUGGAGACAUCGAUGCCUUGGAGUUCUACCCAGGGUUGCUUCUCGAAAAGUGCCAACCAAACUCUAUCUUUGGGGAGAGUAUGAUCGAGAUUGGUGCUCCCUUUUCUCUUAAGGGUCUUCUAGGAAAUCCCAUCUGUUCUCCGGAGUACUGGAAGCCAAGCACAUUUGGUGGCAAGGUUGGCUUCAACAUUGUCAAUACAGCCACACUGAAGAAGCUGGUCUGCCUCAACACCAAGACCUGUCCCUACGUUUCCUUCCGAGUACCUGAAUCCAAUGAGAACACUGAGCCUGCUGUAGAGCGGCCAUCCACAGAGCUCUGAGGGGCCAGGGAAGUAGCAUUCUGGAGGAUUUGUGCUUGCCAUUACAGAAUGCUGAGGCCAAAGUUGAUAGUCUUCCAUGUGGGCUUUCUGGUUUGGCAUUGUGAGUGUUAGGGUUGACAUUUGGAACUUUGGGUCUCGUCCAUUAUUUGGAAUAAUUGUAAUUCUGUGUGUCAUUCUAGAAUGCUGAAUUCCUUGUUAACCCUUUGGCAUGUUAGGAAAGGUUUGAUUCUCAUUUGGCCUGAUAGAAAAUGGGGUUCCUAGUUGACAACUUAGAAUCUUAGAAUGUCAGACUUCUUGUAAAUCUAUAAUAUAGACAUUCUAGA